AUGCAGUACGUUCGGAGCCUCAGCGGCUCCGUGUCCAAAACAUGGAACUCGAUCAAUCCCGCAACUCUCAGCGGGGCCAUUGAUGUUAUUGUCAUUGAGCAGGAUGAUGGGACCCUGGCUUGUUCGCCCUUCCAUGUCCGCUUUGGCAAAUUCUCGUUGCUGCGGCCGUAUGAAAAGAAAGUCGAAUUUCAUGUGAAUGGGGUUAAGCAGGAUUAUGCCAUGAAAUUGGGAGAAGGAGGCGAAGCGUUUUUUGUGUUCGAAACGACCGACGAGAUCCCGGCGUCUUUACAAACCUCCCCGCUAGUAUCUCCGGCGGGGAGUCCGAAGGUUCCCAGCGAGGAAUUCCCGCAGUCUCUCCAGGAGCCAGACUAUCUGGAUCUGGGGAAGACGGCGAUGCACUCUCAGAGGGCGCUAAAACCCCGGACAGAGCGAAGGACGCUCACGCCUGUUUCGCGCUCCCCCAACGAGUCUGAACUUAGUCGCUCGCAACCAGAUCCCCAUCUCGAUCAUAUGAUUGCCGACAGUGCAGCCUCGACCCGUCGUUCAUCUGCCGCCGACGAACUCGCUUCCGGUAGCCCCGAACCAGCAAAUGAUGAAGCGGAGCUGCGAGCUCAUGCUCGCAGUCCUCCCGCGGUGUCCUUUGACGAAGCCCUCUCCCGUGCAAAAUCCUUGUCGCAAAAGUUAUCAGGCUCAAACAUUCCCUCCCAUGUGACGGAGACUGGCGAUUUGAUGCUGGAUAUGACUGGUUAUAAGAGCAACGAGGACGAUGCACUUCGCGCAGAAGUCCUUGCUCGCAAGAUUCUUGCUGAAGAGCUCGAGGGUAACUAUGACAUUGGCGCUCUUAUUGGUGCCGAUGAGCAUGGUAAUCUUUGGAUCUACAGCAGCGAGGAGGCAAAGGAAGCUGCCAACCGGCGGGCCACCAUUAAUGCUAUGCGACCCAAUACCGCCAUUAGUGAUGAUGCUAUCUCAGAUCCGGGAUAUCACAGUGAAGGUGAACAUGCGAACUUGAACUCAUCGAUGCCGCUUCACCAUCGGACCAAAUCCGACCUUCAGCCUGGGUUUCCAACCCCGCCUCGUUCACCUCUACAUGACUCCUUCCCUGGUGAAACGCGCAACUACGCCAAGACCUUGCGUUUGACUAGUGAUCAGCUCAAGGCAUUGAACCUCAAGCCAGGGUGCAAUACCAUGUCCUUCAGCGUUAAUAAAGCCGUUUGUACAGCUCACAUGUAUCUGUGGAGUGGAAAUACGCCGAUCGUGAUUUCUGACAUUGAUGGAACAAUCACCAAGUCUGAUGCAUUAGGCCAUGUAUUGAACAUGAUCGGGCGCGACUGGACACAUGCUGGGGUAGCCAAACUCUACACUGACAUCGUCAAUAACGGCUACAAUAUCAUGUACCUCACCAGUCGGUCCGUUGGACAAACUGACACGACCCGAGCGUAUCUGUACGGGGUAUGCCAAGACGGCUAUCGACUUCCAAAGGGACCUGUCAUCUGCAGUCCAGAUCGUACCAUGGCUGCGUUGAGACGAGAGAUCUACCUCAGGAAGCCCGAGGUCUUCAAAAUGGCAUGUCUGCGCGAUAUCCUUAACCUUUUCCACGGAAAAGAGAACCCAUUCUAUGCUGGCUUUGGUAACCGAUUGACCGACGCCUUGAGUUAUCGAUCCGUCAACGUCCCGUCGACCCGCAUCUUCACCAUCAACUCCAAUGCAGAAGUGUCCUUGGAUCUGCUGAGUCUGAACAAGUACAAAAGCAGCUAUGUCACUAUGCAGGAAUUGAUUGACCAUUUCUUCCCUUCUGUCAGCCUUUUGGUCCAAUCUGGAGACGAGGAUGACGACGAUGGCGAUGUGGACGAAGAUGAAGAAGACGAAGUUGCCGAUGAUGAAGAUGAUGUUGAAGAUGAAUACGAUGAAGAUGAAUCGAGCGACCCCGAAGGCAGUGAGUACGAUGAGGAAGGCACAGACCUCGGUGCUAGCUACAUCUCGCAUGGCUCAGCCCUGUCUGACCCAGCGGGGUCAAUUGUGGAUUCAGUUGAAGUCGACCAACCUCUGGCGGAAACGGAAGACGAAGCAUUGCCUGAAAUAGUCAAUGCUGGUACAAGGACUCUUCCCAUCCGCCCCAAACCGCAUGGAAAUGAUGAGUAG